AUGGCAUCAUUACUGUCUCUUCCACUGGAGGUUUUGCAACAGGUCUUAGCCGAACUCGCCGACAACCCACCAGAACCACCUAGUUUGGAGUUUUACGUCCCUCCUUUCAACUCCAACCCAACGUCGGCUAUACUCUGCCAGACAUGCCGCAGUCUCCGUGAGAUUGCUGAGCCGGUCCUUCACCGACACAUUUACAUUCCAAAUGCGAAUGUGAAGAAGUUCAUAUCACUGUUCCAGUGUUGGAAAGCACGGCCUCACUGCGCUCAGUACACCCGAAGACUCACAAUUGAGGCAAGAUCACAACGCCUUGAAGAAUAUUCCCACCGUGCAGUAACGCGUCUCAUUGAUCUUGAAGAUGCCGAUUUCGUUUCUGGCAUCAUCCAAGAUGUAGGUCUCGAGAUACGACCCGAUUGGUACGAGUAUGACUGGAACAUCAACGUCUUCGUGGAAGUCGCCAUGUUACUGGCACAGAACGCCGAAUCCGUUGAGUUGAUGUUUGAACCCAAACGCGGCGUCUAUCGACAACCCUUUGACAUGAUCCCCGAGCCGAACAAGACAACUAAGCCAAUCCUCUUCAAUAAUCUUCGACACCUUCACUUGAUGCAACCAGGCCUCAGUACUAUGGACGAGUUCAAGUCUAUUUUGCACUGCGCGCCAAACCUUCAAGGACUUCGGCUUGAUCUUUGCGACGACCCUAUGUCCGUUUUCACCCUUCCGCCGAACCUCACCAGUCUCAUUCUACGGCGUACCAAUCUCAGUGCACGGCACUUCCAAUCAAUGACCUCGAACUUCACCAUGCUACGCCAUCUAGAGCUUGUUUUUAAUGGCUUCUCACGAGAAGCAUCCAUCAUGGAGGCCAUUGCAAAGCAUCGUAACACUUUGACGAGUCUCAUAUUGAUAUCUGGCAAGAUUCUUCCCUUUGCAAAGCUGAAGAGUCUCCACAAACUCGAAUCUCUUACCAUGAGCAUCGAGACUGUGCGGCCCGAGGAUUUGUUGGGUUCGCUUCCAUCUUCUUUGCGCGAGUUACGCAUUCUGGAAGAAACGCAUGGCGGGACUGCACAUCGACCUGAAAUAUGGUUCGAAGAUUUCAACGCUGACUUGGAUGCACGAUCGGAAACCCUGCCUCAAGAUAUGGUCAUCUAUAGGAGUUCAUAUUCCAGGGGGAUCAAGUCUGCGCUUACUCUCACCUCCUUCGGCAGGGAUUGCGUACUUUGGCGGGAGAUGAGUGAAUGCAUACUUCUGGUCAAUCUGGCCGCCAGUCUCUACCAGCUUCCCCUCAGCAGAGUCAUUGAACGCCGCCUCUGCCGCGAGCAUUACGCAGUCACAGAUCCUUCGGUAAUCGACAAAGAUGGCAAUGUUGCAGAAGGUUUUUGCAAGGUGGACGAUGUGCAGCAGGGUCUUGCCUGGAUUCAAGGGACUAUGGAAACGGCGUGGAUCGUGGGUGACUUCAUCAUGACGGUUCCGCUGGGAUUCCUCGCGGAGAGGUACGGUCGGCGGUCCAUCCUCUGCCUCAACAUUGUGCCCCGCAUCAUCUUGUUGACGUGGGCCGUUAUCGUGGGGUACUUUGAGCAAACCUUGCCGACCAAAGCCAUGAUCGCAUCCCCGUUCUUCUCGGUCCUAGGCGGUGAUUGUGUUUUCAACUCAAUCACAUAUGCCAUAGCUUCCAACAUGACAGACGAUCACGUCCUGAGGGCCACGUAUUUCGGAUGGAUGGGCUCCGUGUCGUAUGUCGUCAACUUGCUUGGCCCAGCUCUCGCAUCAGCAUCUAUGAGUCUUCUUCUCUGGCUUCCGUUCUGGAUUGGAAUCGCUCUCCUUCUUCUGGCCAUUCCCGCUAUCUCCCUCCUGGAGGAAUCACCUGACAGCCACCCUGACGCGGACGACCAAGCGAGACCUCUCCUCUCAUCCCCUGUGCUGAAAGCUCAAGACGCCGAUUCAUCCCUUCUGAGAUCCAUCCUCCAGCGCUUCGGCGUCUUGAAGUCUAUCGUCGCAGGUCAUCCUCGCAACAUGACCCUCCUGCUCAUCAGCUUUGUCCUCACCUCGCUCGCAAGCUCGGACACGAAGUUGCUUGUGCAAUACAUCUCGAAACGCUAUCACUGGACGUUUGCGUCUACAGGCUAUCUCCUCUCCGCCAAAGCCGUCGUCAACUUCACGCUCCUGACGGCCAUCAUCCCCGCCAUUCUUCGGUCGAGACAGAAUAGGUUGCGGCAUAUUCCGCCUGAGCUGGCCAGUCACCGGAUGAACAUACACUACGCCAACAUCUGCUUGGUUGUCUCUAUCCUCGGUGCUCUGGCGAUUGCUGUAGCGAGCCGGAUCUGGAUGAUGGUACCCUCACUGUUUCUCUACGCUCUCGGCUCGGCGCUGCCGGUAUUCACGCUAUCACUGCUCAAGUCUCCCUUCAUCUCACCAAAGAGACACGAUCAGCCGGCCAACUCCGCGGACCCAGAGUCACACAUUUUUUCGAUUGUGAUGAUGGUCAAGACUUCAGGAUCGCUCUUAGGCGCACCACUGAUGAUGGUCCUAUGGGUGAAGAGCAUAGCGAUCGGCGGCGCAGCUCUCGGCAUCCCGUACCUUAUUUCAGCCAGCUGUUAUCUUGCUGCUUUGCUCGUCUUAGGUCGCAUCACCACGGAGUAG